AUGAGCUCUCCGGCGUCUAAGCGUAUGCGCUUAUCGACCUCAAGAACUUCCCUCUCGGGUCGCAAAAGCAUUUCGGGUGGGCAAUCAGCGUUACCUCGACCGGCCUCCGCAGCCGGUCAAAAUCGACUUGCCAGCACACAACCGUCAUACGAUUUCAUUACCGGCGGCGCAGUUGAGAACCCUCCACAGGCUUCCAGACAGUCCAGAGUCCGUCAGCCUUCUGUCUCCCGGGCAGAUCAGUCCCACGAUGAGAACCUGCGUGCGAAAAUCAACUCCCUUGAAUACGAGUUGAAGAAUUUGCAGCAAGAACGAGGCCUUUUGGCGCUACAACAUGAGAAAGAGCUACGAGAACAACAACUCCGGGCCGAUGCCGAUUUCAAGAGAUACCAAACGGCAGAGAGCGCCGCUCAAAAGGCGACGCAGCGACAGGAGGCGCUCGCGAAGGAAUUGCGCGAACUGCAGGACCAGAGAAUCAACGAAAAAGCGGCGCUAGAACGACAACUACGCGAUUUACAAGAUCAAGCGGCUUCACUCAAGGAGGAUGCUACGGACGCCCAGGCACGUCUCGCGGAUCAAGAAAGACAUAACAAGUACCAACUCAGUGAUGUCGAGGCAAAGCGUGCGGUUCUUCAAGAGACUGUGGACAGUGUCAGACAACAACUGGAAGAAUUGACUCAGCAGUUUGAGUCAUCGCAGGCGCGCUUGUCUCAACGGGAAUCGAAAAUCGAAAGUCUCGAAGCAGAAGUGGCUGCGUUGAAGUCGCACACUGGUGACAGCGAAGCGAUGCAGGUUCUGCAAAACCAGCUCUCAGAACAAAUGAGCCACGUUCGAAAGCUAGAGGCAACCAACAGAGAACAUGUGGCCGAGCUGCGGCGACUGCGCGAAUCACAUCGUAGCGUUGAGGUCGUUGAAGAACAGAAACACGGUCUAGAAAUCGAGCUUCAAGUGCUCAAGGACGUGCAAAGACAGCUGGGUGAAGCUCAGAUACAAAGAGAAAUUCUAGAGGACGAAAAGAGAACCUGGACAAGCCUCCUGCAGCGCGACGGUCAAGAGAGCGAAUUCGAAUCCCCUGAAGCUGUUGUAAAAGCUCUUAUCCAACAACGAAUAGAGUACGCUUCAAUUGUGGACAGACUGGGCACAGUCGAAAGCGAUAUCGCCGAGAAGGAUGAGAUAAUCAGGGCACAGGAAAGAGAGAAAGCGGCCUUGACCGCCGAGAUCGAGACUUUGAAAUCCACGAAGACUGCACAACCAGACGCAAGUCAAGACAACAAAGCUUACAAAAGAUUAGAGCGACAACGGGUCCUUGCCGUCAAAGAGGUUGAAUAUCUUCGAGCACAAUUGAAGACCUUGGACACCGAGGAAACUGUCUUGAUGGACAACCAGAACUUCGAUGCACAACGCUCGGAACAAAUCAAGGCCCUGGAAAACCUGGUGGAUCAAUAUAAAACUGAAGUGCAGACCCUCCACUCUGAUCUUUCAAAACUUGAAGCUGCACCUGCACCCAGCACCCCAGCUGCGGACGAGCCUCGUGGAACCAAGCGACCAGCAGAUUCACAGGAACCUGAAGGCGAAGGCGGUGGUUCACAACUCGGUGCAUUGUUGAGAAAGAACAAGAAUCUCCAAAUCGCGUUGCAGAAGACCGCUCAACAGUCACAGAUGUUGGCCACAGACCUGCAAGCGACAAAAUCACAACUCAAAGCCUUACGAGAGAGCUCCAAGACACGAGUAUUGGAGCUUCGGGACAAUCCUACUGCCAAAGCCGAAGCGAUCAAACUAUCAACCCUACGAACGCUCAAGGAAGAAAACAAGGCUCUUCUCGCACAGUUGCGGGGUGAGGACCUUGAUGGAGUUAAGACGGUCCCAGCAACCUCGGUUGAUGCGCUCAAAUUGGAUCUGAAGGAUAUGGAAAUGGUUGUCGCCGAGAAAGAAAAAAGGAUGAGGCGCCAGCGAGAGAUCUGGACCCAAAAGGCUGCAGAAUUCCGGGACGUUAUUGCAAGCGUUCUCGGAUACAAAGUCAACUUUCUCCCCAAUGGAAAGGCCAAGGUUUCGAGUAUGUAUUAUGGGCGACCUCAUGAUCUGGGAGAUGAGAGCGAGGACGAAGAGGACGACCACUACAUUAUUUUCGAUGGUGACAACGGUACAAUGAAGAUUAGCGGCGGUUCCGACAGUCCUUUUGCUGCAGAAAUCAGAGAUCUGAUCAAUUUCUGGGUGAAAGAGAAGAAACAGAUACCGUGCUUCUUAGCAGCGAUGACCCUGGAGUUUUAUGAGAAGUUCACCAACCGGGAGAAUGAGGCUUGA